UUACUUUCCUGGCGCAGUCGAGGUGCGCGGCGAACUACGGCAGACCGACAGACGAGUCCAGCGGUCUGAAGCGAAGCUGCCGUCUGCCUUUCGUUUGCUCGCACGACGGGGGCCGCAGGACACGGACACUUGGGUAUUUACUCCUGGGCGGCUCUUCGCGGUGCUGGUCUGGAUUACGCUUUGAAGUGGCCUCGCCCGUGGCCGCGUACGGAGUGCCGUGAAAGUCAUCGCUUUAUUUAGGAACUUUCGCCUGGUAUAAAGUUUUCAGAGCGCCGCGUUGAAACCUUCCUCUCUUUCUGGGAUGGGAUCUUUGAGUCCGCUGUGACGGACGCUUACCUGAAUAGAUCCGCCUCGCCUUUCCUGAGCAGUGAACUCGGCUGGGGGUCUGCUUUUUUGUUUCGAGCUCUUCCAGAAAUGGUGGGGCAUUUACACUUACAAGAUAUGGAUGACAGUUUGAAAGGAAAGAACCGAGAAGGGCUACUUGAUAGUCCCGAUUCAGGUCUGCCUCCAAGUCCAAGCCCCCCUUUCUACUCGCUGUCGCCGGGGAUACUGGAAUCGCGGCACGGUACCUGCUCGACUCCAACCGAGCAACAUGUGUACUGCAGGAAGGAGAACCGAGAAGGCAAACUGCUUCCGUACCUGCUGCUGAACUCACAGGGGACAGAUGCCAAGUCCCGUAUGCACCCCGUGGUGUAUGGGGAAAGCAUCGAGGUCAAGCCCAGACCAGACAAAGAGAUCAGGUUCAGCUCAGCGGUGACAUACGCAUCAGACAGACAUUACCGCAGCCAGGUGUUCUGCGCCCCAGCUCCCACGGUUACAUCCUUCGGCGAAACGGUGGUGGCGGUGCGCGACUGCACAUGGCGGAGCUACAAGACGGAGGUCCACCUGCUGCCCCGUCACCGGCCCCAACGGUACCAGAGCACGGCCAUAGUCUUCCCCAAGCACGCACGCUGCACUUACCGCACCACCCUCAGCUACAACGGCACCUGUGCCGCCCCGGGACGCCGCCGGUUUGUGUCCACGGUCAGGUUGGAGUCCAGCGAGAACACCAGUCCCUGCAUCAUUUACACAGAGGACCUCUGAAAAGAAUGGAGGAGGGUGGGGGGACUCAGCCGGUGGCCAGCGAGACUCUGGUAGAGAUCCCAGUCCUCCAGCUCCUUUCCCGUAGAGGGUCAGAGCGCCGCAGGACACUCUGGCCCUGGAUGUCCUGUUCCACGUCUCUACAGACUUUGACUAAAGGAAGCAGAACACGAGAAUGAGGACAUUCCUCUUUGUUUUUGCCUCUGGUGAAAUAGGUACUUAACAGUCGGAGAGUGAUGCUUGUGUGUAAGGCAGCAGCGUACGUCUCGUAACAGUCUUUAUAUAGACAUUACCAGUUGGGAGGUUCAUUUGAUUAUUUUUGUUGUUUGUUCUUUUGCAUAUUAUCUCUUUACUAGUUACUAAUCGCUGAUUCAGCUUGGGUUUUUAAUCCUAAUACUCCUAUUUAAAACUGGCUACGGUACAGAAACUUUACACAGAAAUACAAACUAUUUUUAAUUUGAGGAAAAACCAUCAUUCUGAGACAAACGUCAUGCAAGUUAUAUAAAUGCUUGAUUGCACUUACGCAAAACCAACCCCCCCCCCCCCAAAAAAAGCUGCUUUUCUUUUUUUCUCCCCAUUUGGCCACAUUGGAUUCAGCAGAACUGAGAAAUUAUACUGCAGUGUGAGAGCACUUGAAAGAUUGGACCAAAGAUGAUAUACAGUUCAAAAAAGGGACGCGUGUCUGACACCCCCUUUAACUGUUUGUAGCUUUUGUCGUAAAUAAGUCAGCACUGGCACACCAGUUAAAAAUGGAACAAGAACUGUCCCAAAAACCAGAGUCUGACUUGUUACAUUUUACCGUCAGUGGCUUUGGACCUGCUGUUACUAAUCUGGUAACACUGGCUGAGGCUCUCGUCCUGGAGCGGGUAGAGAAGAGGAUGAACGGGGCACAAGUUUAAUUGGCCGAGUCUUAGUUUAAGUCAAAGCUGGAGGCCCAGUGCGCUCCCUUGACCUUUGUGACCACAGAGGUUCGUAAUGGUGUCAUGAUGAGUUUUGUUUACUCCGGGGGAGGGGGUGUUUACCUCACGUCUUCAGGCUCAGCUUGCUGCAGAACGGUAUUUAACUUCACAUUCUUUGACGCAGUCAGGUAGAGGCGAGCGGAAGGAUCAUGGUAGGUCUGUUCUGCUUUUUCUUCUUCUUUUGUUCUUCAGCAUAAUCAGAUGCUCUGUUCAUUUCUGCUGGGAGCGAACUGUUAUGUCGGUUAAGUUUUCAGACAUUACGGCACAUUGGGACGUGACGCGAUACAUUUGGCUCGUCUCACCUAUAUUUGGGUCAAAAAUGUUGAAAACCGGUAAAAAAAUCUUUUAAAUGUAAUCUUACCUCAUUUAAAUCUCUUAUUUUACAUGCGUUUUAAGGGUGUUUGUUUUUAAACCAUAUAAUCCUCCUGUGGCACAAUGGCAAGAAAAGCGCAAGAAGAUUUCUAAUUGACCAUGAUGGUGUGUGUCUGUGUUGGUGUACGUGAAGACUGCAAAUAUUGUACAUGGAAGAACAUGGGGGAUUUUAGCCAUAACGCAGCUCAUCUGUAACAGACAUCAACUUGUUUUACUGGGCAUCCAACAUUACUCUUGCAGUAACAUGGACACCUCAGUUAAGAAGCAGAACUUAGGCUGUUGCAAUUGUUCAUAUAAAGGCAUGGCUACUGAUUCAAGAACAAAGGUUCAAUUAGAAGGGAUAUUGCGUAGAAUAUUUAGAUCUGCAGACGUAGACUGGAGAGGUCUGCGGAAGGUUUGAUGGACAAAAAUGUCGUUAAGAAAGGAAUUCCGAAAGUGUUUAAGGUUUCUGAAAAAGUAAUCAGUCAAGCAGAGAAAUUUCUCUCAAAGUAGACCAAAGUCUACAAUUUGUGUUAGAUGUAAAAUGCUAAUUUUAUUAAUGUAAAAUACUUUUCUGUUGUAUAUGUGAUGUAUGGCACUUAAGUCUCUUUAUAUUUUUCUAUAAUUCCCAAGAUAAUGGUCAUGUUUGUUUUGGACAAGAGAUUAGAAAGUAAUAAUUAAA